AUAGUGUGGAAAGGAGGUUGUUAUUUUAUGCAUAAAGGUUCCCAUCACAACACACACACACAUAUAUAUAUAUAUAUUGUAUACUCUGGAGAGAGAAGCAGCAAACAGCCUUGAGUCUCACCGUCACCUGCUGCAACUAUCAUUGUGACUGUGAUCUCUGCAACGUUGCUACCAGAACACAGGUUCCAGCUUGAGUUAGAUCCUGAGCCCAUGGAAGGCGAAGCUGUGCCCAGAAGCUGGCGCAGAGCCAUCACAGUUCUGACGCUAGGCUGUGCUGCUGCGCUUUUGCUAGGCACAAUCGGCCUUCGACACCGGCAUGUGGGCUUCCUCCAAGGACUUCGGCGAAAUGUCGACUUGGCGCCUGCCUUCAUCUCGCUCCAGUCAGUCUUUGCAGUGGAUGCAAGCAGCGACGACAGCAGCAUGGAGUUCAUGGAUGCUGUAGCCGGGCUGUCCGGCAUACCCUACACGCCUGCUCAGCUGCAGACCAAGCGGGACGAGUGGAGGAACCCCACGGUGACGGAGCUGCCGAGCGUGAACGUGACCCCUCCGCCCACGCAGCAGAGGGCCACGCUGAACAGCAACGAUUGCUUGAGGGGUGAGGAGUAUUUUGCAGGGGCCUGCUAUGCCAAUUGCAGUAACUUGACGGCUGGGCAGUUUCCCAUCAGAUCGAGUCCAAACACCUGUUGCAAGCGAGAACCAUGCAUCUUUCCUAGUCUUUUGUCAUUCUCUGGGUACUUCGUUUGCAUGGGCUAUGGAGUAGAUAGCAGAGGUGCUUGCCCUAGACAGCCGGGCAAGUGCAACAGCGAUGAGGAGCUUUUUGAGGGCCAAUGCUACAGACAAUGUGGAACACUCACGCAAAAUGAGUAUCCUUACCGCACAGGUCCAUUGAGUUGCUGCAAGUUUGAACCACCUUGCUUCAACCUCUUCAACAUCAAGUCGGAGGGCAUCGGCCCCUGCAGCGGAUACAACGUUGGUGGCAUUAGCCAUGACUGCGCCCAUGACCCUCAAGUGUGAGCACGCCAGUGGGGCGAGGAUUGGCAGAGGAGGCUUCUUUGCGGGGCGGGAGAACAUGUCCCAUUCACGGC